AUGUCAAAGAAUGUUACUUCUCAAGAUCUCGAAUCUGUUAUAUCUCGUUACCUAGAAAACCCUAAAUCAUUUAACCUUCAAACAGGUUCUUCAAUACUAUCUUUCCAUACAUGGUCAUUUACCCAAGGUUUCAUAAUAGGUCAACUUUCCGUAAUAGUGGUUUUAAUUUUUUUUUUAAGGUUUUUCAUUUUCAGUGAUGCAAGAUCACCUAACCCAACUCAUUCGUUGUCUAUUUUUUCCAAAAUUUCUCAAAACUCAAGUAUCAUAAAACUAGGUGGAAAAGAACGUGUAAAUGAUGUAACUGAUGAACAAGAUACCGAUAGCUCCAAACAGUUAAAUUCUAUACUAGAAAAAACUUACUAUGAUGUUGACACUCAUCAACCGGAAUCUUUAGAUUGGUUUAAUGUGUUAAUUGCACAAACCCUUCAUCAAUUUAGAGAAGAGGCUUUAUCUAAGGAUAACAUAGUACAUUCAUUAAAUUCUUUUAUUCAAAGGAAGUAUGAAGAAUUGCCUGAUUUCAUUGAUUCUAUUAAAGUGACUGAGUUAGAUAUUGGAGACGACUUCCCUAUAUUUUCUAAUUGUAGGAUUCAAUAUUCACCUAGUUCUAACAAAAAAAGAUUGGAAGCUAAAAUAGAUAUAGACCUAAGUGAUCGUUUGGCCAUUGGUGUGGAAACUAAAUUAUUAAUGAAUUUCCCACAACCUUUUACAGCAGCUUUACCAAUUGAAUUGACAGUAUCUAUCGUUAGAUUCCAAGCAUGCUUAACUGUGUCUUUGACGAACGGAGAAGAGUUUGUUCCAGCUGAUGUUGAAGAUGAUUUGGAAGAUAAAAAUGCAGCUUCUGACAAAAGUCAUAAAAAAGAUGCUAAUGCUAGUGAUGAUCAUGACAGUGUUAAAGAUGAUAUUACUGCUAACCAUAAUGAUGAUGGUGAUAAUGCUGAUGCUAAUGAUAAUGAUAAUGCUGAUGAAAAUAACACUAAUAAUUCGUAUUAUUUAAUGUUUUCGUUUUCGCCUGAAUAUAAAAUGGAAUUUGAUAUACAGUCUUUAAUUGGUGCUAGAUCAAAACUUGAAAAUAUCCCUAAAAUAGCAUCUGUUAUAGAAUAUCAAAUAAAGAAAUGGUUUGUUGAAAGAUGUGUAGAACCUAGGUUUCAAUUUAUCAAAUUGCCAAGUUUAUGGCCUCGUAGUAAGAAUACUAGACAGGAAGUACCUGAUUUCUCCGAUACUGAUGUAUCUUCACUAACAAGUAAAUGA